AGGGAGCGUUGGGUUGACAAGGACAUUUAAAGCUGAUAACACCUAACUAUACACCUUCCGCUCAUGGCCUCACCCUGUAAUUGUGCACUCUAGCUAACUCCUCCUUCAUUUUAGUACCCAUUUACUACCACCACCAUCAUCAUCAUAUAUCAUCCUCUUCAAUCUAAUCUAAUCUGGACUCUCUCCGAUGGCGAACGACGCUGCCCUCAGAACCUCUCUGCUUUGGCUUGCAGCACUUAUAUUGGUGGUUGGCAUAUGCACUAACUCGUUCAAGAAGAUGAUGGUUACUUACGUUUUGGGUGUAGCUGGGAUUGGUGGUGUGCUUCUACCUGAUUGGGAUUACUUCAACCGUGAUUUCUCCCGUUGGCCUUACCCUGUUACUUCUGAGGAAAGGGAAGCCUCUCUUCAUCAAGGAUCUGGAUUUCUAAGAUUUGCAAAUUCUCCUUUGAGAGUGAUUGGUUAUAUCGGGGUUUACGGAUAUGCAAUUUACAAAUGGUGGGAGUACGUAUCAGGAUAAUGAUCAUCGAAUUUUGUGUUCAUGAGCACGAAUUUUAGCCCUUAGUUUAUACUUUGGUUGAUUUUAUUUGUUUAAUUUGGAGGAAUCCAAAAACCAGAGCAGUGAUUGCCAAAGAGGUGCUUCACUACUUGUCAGAGUAAAAAUUCAAAAGAAUAACUAGAAUGAAUUUGAUCCUCUCUUUUGAUAUACGGACACUAGGAACAAGUGUUCAAUACAUUUAAAUUAUUUGUUAUUUUUUUUGUAAAGUACAUAAUAUCAAUCUAGUUAAUUAACAUCUUGACGAUCAUAUAUGGUAAACGUGUGAUAGUUAGAUAUUUGUAAGCUUAUGAUUUCAUAGUUAAUGUAUAGUUAUAG